AUGCAGUACGUGGGGAAAGUUGGGGGUUACGUUUACAACCAAUGGAACUCAUUGAACCCAGCUACACUCUCAGGAGCCAUUGAUGUCAUUGUGAUUGAACACCCCGAUGGUACCAGAUACACGUCGCCUUGGCACGUUCGGUUUGGACUACUUCAAAUUAUCAAGCCAUCGCAAAAGAAAAUUGACUUGUAUGUGAAUGACGUCAAGACCAACUUGCCCAUGAAGCUAGGCGAAGGUGGCGAGGCCCAUUUCGUAUUUGAGGUGAAUGACACGGAUCAUGAAUUGUCGAAUAGUGUGUUGACUUCACCGUUGAUCUCACCGGUCUCGUCACCAUUAAGCACACCAGCAAAUAGCGAUAACGAACCCGACUACUUUGACUUGGAUGAAAAGACUAAAUUGAGUGAUAUUCCGAGCCCAAGAAGUCCAUCGCAGCUGAAGAGGUUGGUCAUUGAAGACGUUAAAAAGAUUACCCAAAAGUUGAACAUCCCCACAAAAAUAGACUUGAAUGGGGACAUACUCGUUGACAUGGAUGGCUACAAGCCAAACUCGCAAAAGAAUAUUGACAACUCUGACGAGUUGUUCAAAAAAAUUUUAUUGGAGGAGAUUGAAGGUGACUUGGGUGAACAUUCUGUGAAGGCUUGGAAUCAGAUAAUCACAAAGGAUGAAAGCGGAAACAUAAGGAUAUCUAACGCAUUUGAUGAUGAUGGUGCUGAAUCGGAUGAGGAUGUAAAGCUUCCCUCGACAACAGGAACUACUUCUUCAAUAACAACCGUGGGUACAACCUCAUCGGGAGACAGUGACAAGGUUUACUUCAAGACAUUGAGGUUGACAUCGGAGCAGUUGCAGAUGAUGAGUUUGAACUACGGGGUAAACACACUUAAAUUCAAGUCCAGGGAAAGCUCGUCACAGGUGACAGCAAACUUGUUCUUGUGGAAGUCAACCACGCCCAUUGUGAUUUCAGACAUAGAUGGAACUAUAACCAAAUCGGACGCACUAGGACACGUAUUGAAUUUGAUUGGAAGGGAUUGGACACAUCCCGGUGUUGCUAGUUUGUUUCAGGAGAUCAACCAAAAUGGUUACAACAUCCUCUAUUUAACAGCGAGAUCUGUUGGACAAGCAGAUUCAACGAGACAGUACUUGACCGGUGUCAACCAAGACGGUGUAAAGUUACCCAGUGGACCCGUGAUCUUGAGUCCAGAUAGAACAUUUGCGGCAUUGCGACGAGAAGUUGUGUUGAAAAAGCCUGAGGUGUUCAAAAUGGCGUGUCUUUCGGACAUUAUGCAUUUAUUUUUUGAAGGGGAAGGUACAGUGUUGGAUGAGGAUGACGACCAAACACCUUUCUAUGCUGGGUUUGGUAACAGAAUCACAGACGCUAUUAGUUACAGAUCGGUCCACAUUCCAAGCCACCGAAUCUUCACAAUAAAUCCUGACGGAGAGGUUCAUAUGGAAUUGUUGGAAUUGGCUGGUUACAAGUCAUCUUAUUUGCACAUUGGAGAAUUAGUUGAUCAAUUUUUCCCUCCAAUCAGGGUGGUCAGUUCCAUUUCAACAAAUUGGAAUAAUGCGCAAUGGUCGGAAUAUGUAAACAACCAUGAGCUUGAUGCGUCUGAUGCGAGGUCCAUUACAUCUAUGCGCCUGCCCACUCCAGGAUCGCCUCGAUCGCCUCGAUCGCCUGGAUCGCCUCGAAAUUAUGUUGACGAGUAUAAAACUGAUGAAAAGUUCAAUGAUGUGAAUUAUUGGAAAAAUCCUUUGGAUUUUGAUGACUUGAGCGAUAGUGAUAUUGACAAGGAUGACUUGGAUUUGAAAAAUAGUGGAUCCCCCAAGUUGAAGAAAAAUGAAAAGUUGCUGCAUCGAGACCAUGAGAAGGAAGAACAUACUGAUAAUCCCGAGCUAUUGCAAAAAGGUGCGAGGUCCAAAUCGCCUGCAUUGGAACGGCCGCUUUCGGCGUCGUCAUUCACCUCGCCACUCAAAAAUUUUAUGAGCUUUAGAAAGAAGAAGGAUGAUGAGGAGAGUUACAAAGAUGCCGAAAAGGUUGAUGAGGAUGAUUUUACCGAUGACGAUGACGAGGAAGACGAUGAGGGCGAUGAUGAUUACACAGAUGAUGACUACGAUGAUGACGAUUAUGAUGAAGAAGAUUACGAUGAGGAGGAGGAGGAGGAUGAAGGAGAGGGAGAGGGAGAGGGAGAUGACAGCACAAGUCAAAGCUCUAUCAAAGAUGUUCCUGUGCCAGAGGCGGUCAGAGAUGAAAUCAUCGACAGGGGAUCUACAGAGUUUAUCAAAGCUAGUGAUUUCCAGAGAUUGAACAUUUAG